ACCUUGAGGGAGGGUUGAGGACCUUGACGGCGAUGUUGUCCACGGCUGGAUAUCCUUCGAUACACUUUCGAGGGCGCUUCCAAAUGUGGAAGGUGGGGGGACCCCUGGCACCUGAGGCGGGGUCUUGCCUGCAGUUCCCGGUGCAGCAACGCUCAGCUCUUCCUCCGCAACGACUACCACCAACGAUCAGCUCAUCUUCGCCUGACUUCAUUCUCGCCGAUUUAACUCACCAUGGAUCCAUAUUCUGCACAAUCCUAUUACCAGCAAUACCAGCAACAGCAGGCCUCAUCCGAUGUCAACCCUUAUCACCAGCCUUACCAAGGACCGAUGUAUCCUAUUCCUGGAUCAUCUAGCUCUGCUCAUACCGCCCCCGUUCCCGCCAAUGCAUACGAAUACGAUGUCGGAAUUCUCGCCCAACAGAGUGUCUAUGUACCGGGUGCGAUGAUUGACAAGCGUGGUGGAGCAGGGGGCAAGCUUGCGAAGGGUGGUAAGCGAACCACUGUUUUGCGAAAGGGCGCUGGCAAGGUCUGGGAGGAUCAAACACUGCUGGAAUGGAAUCCUUCUUGGUUCCGUUUGUUCGUUGGAGACCUCAGCAAUGACGUUUCUGAUGAUGUUCUGGCGAAUGCCUUUAACAAGUACACUUCAUUCCAAAAGGCCAGAGUCAUAAGGGAUCGACUGAGCGGGAAGGCUAAGUUUGGCUUCGUCGCGUUUUCUGACCCUGAGGACUUCCUGAGAGCAUGGAAGGAAAUGGAUGGCAAGUACGUUGGUAACAGACCUAUCAAGCUAAAGAAAGCAGAUAAUGCCGUCAACCCUGUAGAGAUCGGACAUCGCAAGGCCAGAACGCUCGAGAAGGAGCUGAAGAAGAACAGACACAAGCCCUACUAGAUGCAUUCUGUUAUAAAGCGAGGGAGAGCAUAGAGUACGUUCUUUUGCUCGUUGAAUGUCUUCGGACUCACAAGUUUUGUUGGUUGCAUGUAUCAUUAUGUCUCGAUUAUAUCCGAGUUCCCGCAACAUGUUCGCGAAACGAUAGUUCUCGUGAGAUCAUUCCUCUCUCUGUUCAUGCAUAUGGUGCGUACGUUUACGGUUGUUAAGCACAAACGUUAGUACACCUUAAGUAGAUGCUUGUCUUUAUAUUUCGCCCACAUAAUACAGCCAUUUUUAUAUUCCA